CAAUGGCGGAGACACCUAUGGUGACUGUAGAAUGUUAUAAAUAAUUGUGAAGAUUGCGCCCGCGCAUAGUCUUCACAGUGAGGUGCCUGUCAGACAAUAUGCAAAAAUGGCCGUACCUGCUAGUAUGGUCAUUCCUGGUCGCGGUAACCGCUGGCCACCGGGUCACAGAGAGCCUGGAGAGUGAUGAAGCUCAGAACACCACUACCCUGUACCCUGUCCCUGAAGCGGCCCCCAGGAACAGCAGUGAAGAACACAAAGAGAAAAAAUCAAAUUCAAAUGAAUCUACAUCUUGGAAGAUUGAAGCAGCAUUUGCCGAAUCCAAACUGCCUGAAGACUUCAAAGACAAUCAGACUAAAGAGAGAGAUGAGAAGAAUUGCAGCAAAGAGUUUCGCCCGAGUCCUCCGCUGGGAAUCAUUGGAGAUAGCGAGGAGAGUCUGCGAACUCGUGCGCAGGAUAAUUUUAUACCUAUGAAGAAGCCCGCUUCAGGAUUCCUUGGUUCUCCAAACAGACCGUUCAAAUCCAGUUUCUACAGUCCUCCGAAAGAAGUCUUCAGACAAAACGAUUUUCCGUACAAGAUUGAAAGCAGCAUUUUCACUAAAGCCAAGGGCGGUUGGUCGUCCAUAGAAUCUAAGCCUACGGUGGAAUCCCCAGUUAGAGUCCCCGCUGGAGGUCUGUACAAUUCCCCGGAUGCCUUCAAAGACAAGCCUGGACUUGAUGGGGGAGAUGACAACUUUGGACUAGAAUUCAAUAGGGGCGUGAAGGAUGGCCCUGCGGAUGUCAAAAAACGGUAA